AAAAAAAAAAAAAACGUAAAAAAAUUUUCACAAAAUUUUUUAGAAGUAUUUUUUUUUUUUUUCCCAACUCAAGAGCUUUAAAUAAAAAAUCUACGUAUCUUUGUGCAUCCUUUCCAAAUCUGGUAGAUGUUGCAUAUUACCAUAAAAAAUUUUAAACACUAUCCUAAAAUAUAAUUUCUGUGCAAACUAUGCAACCGCUAUAUGAACUGAACAUCGAAUUCUUUAAAUUUGUACACACUCCUUUACCGCUUAUCUUAACAAAUCGACAAUGGUAUACUAUAUCAAAAGACCCUCACGCGCGCGCUGAAUGGCUUAUCAAUAAAUACGGUCGCUCACACGCACUUUUCCAUGCGGUGAGACUUGGAAAUAGCUUCAUAACGCCGGAGGUGAUUCAGGCUUUACUGUCAAAAAAAGCGAUUUUGUCUCGUUAUUUCAUUCAACGUCUAUUAAUGCAUUUCGGCAAUUAUGACGAAAAACUCAUUGAACUUAAAAUAGAACAUAACGUGAAUCAGGUUGAUUUCGAUAGGAUUCGAGCUUUUCAAAAGAAAUUGCAAUCUCCAUGGGCCAGUAACCUGCCUUUACCAAUUUUUACUAAGCUAAUUACUGAAGGAUAUAGUAUUUUAAAUGAUCAAGAACUUGCAACUAAAGGAAACGACAUGGAGCUAUUUCACUUCUUAUCCGCAGGCCCUCUCGUUAUUAAUUUUGCUCCUCAAAAAUUACUUCAAAAUAUCAAUGAAAUAAAAGAUUUAAUUAUCAAUAAAAAGUUUAUUCCUUUCCCUCCCCGUCCAAAACCCACUUAUGAAGAUACAGUGCAUUAUAUUCAAUUAAUGCAAGCAAGGGCACAUGAGGAGUAUCCGCCAAAAGAUGGUUACGAAAAUAGUCGUCAACUAAACGUGGUAGCCAGAGCAAUAUUGAUUCAUCCGGAUUUAGUACUUAUGUGGAAAGAAAUCGGGUAUCAUGAAAUUUGUAACGAUGUUAACGAACUCGUUAUGCAAGGCGCUCUUUUAAUUUUAUUCCCUCCAACACCACCAAGCGACUGGGAGUGUCCCGGUGUACGUGCUAUCGUUACUCGUUUAAAUCAGCUCAUCGAUCUUGGAUUUAAAUUGACUGAUACUGUCAUGGAGGAGGCAUUUCAUUUAUUUGAACAUAGAUUAAGUGAAAUUGGUGAUAUUUUGAUGAGCGCAUUUCAAGUAAUUCGUAAAGAGUCCAAAUCAGCGAUUUCUACUGCCUGUCUUAUUAAAGCUAUUAAGCCCGAGAGAAGUCAUAAGAAAACUAAUUUAUUGGAAUUCUUAGUCGAUAGAAUCGAUCAACCUGAAGAAGCUUUAGAGACUGCUUUGAAUUUUUACAACGUCGGUUUCAAGUUAGAUGUUAACGAUGUUGACUCAAUUAAAACUACCAAGAUUAGAUCUUUAUCGGUUCAUUCAAACUUAUAUUAUUGGAUUCUCAAGACUUAUGGAUCAGAAUCUAGAAAUACUCAAAAAUGUUUUGAAGAUAUUAUCGAAUCCAGAAUUUGGGUGGAUCUAAAAUUACAAGAAUCUCCAGAGCGGGACGUGCCAGAACAUCUUACAUCAUGUGCUUUUAAUUCUAUCUGCUCUAUCUACCUAGAAUUCUGUAAUGAAAAGGUUCCAUUUAAAAGAAGCUAUUUGCCAUAUUUGCAGUUGGCUGACAAUGAUGAAAUCAUUAGGCCACUUUUCGGAAUUAGCUUACCAAAAUUGUUUGGAUUGGACCCCAAUAUUGGAUUGCCCUUGGAGAUUACUUAUGGUUAUAAUAGGCCAGAAGUUAGAUUGGUUAUUAACAAUAAGAGGAAAUUUAAUGAUAUGAAUGACUUGGAUAAUCAACAAAAAAACGAAGCAAAAGAAUGGUUCAGAUUGCUUAAGAAAUUGCAUUAUCUUACAGAUCCUAAUAUCACUCAAAAUUUCAAAAAUAGUCUUGGAGAAUUCUGGGAGAGAAUUACUACUUCACAAGAUCCGGAAAUCCAAUCUUUAAUUAAUAGUGAAAAUGACGAAAAUAACGUAAAUAAUAAAGUUUAUGUUUCCGAGCAAUCAUCAAAACGAAUUAAACAGUGAUGUUUAAAUUGAAUCAAUGAUAUUAUUAUAACCCAUUUUGAAAUCAUACGUUCUUUUUAAAAAAUUUUAAAUUUCAAAAACGUCCGUUCGUUUUGUUAUUUAUUUUCUUUUUUUUUAAAAAAAAGGGUUGAUGAUAUAACAUAUUAUAAUA